ACCUAACCAUUCCUGACCUACUUUACGCAGGUGCCCGUGUUGACGUCCUCUACCUUGUCAAUUUGGAAAGGACUACGGAGGCCUGGGUCACGGAUCUCCAGCACGGUAAAUUACAGAAAUCUAGCUACCCAUCAUGGCACUGAGAAGCGCUGUGUGCCGUCUGCUGGUCAACCCCCAGAGAUGUGCCAUCAUUUCAGCAUCAAGAUCACAGGGAUCAGCAGCGCCUGCACAAAAGGAUGCAGAGAAAGCUAGUGAGAAGAAGGCUAAAGCACCCAAGGUUCAGUUUAACUGGCGGGAUGGCCUGGAGCUGGAGGGUCAGCUGACUGAAGACGAGAUCAUGAUCCGAGACUCGUUCCGUGAUUACUGUCAGGACAAACUCAUGCCCCGCAUUCUGAUGGCCAACAGAAACGAAGUGUUCCAUCGAGACAUUGUGUCAGAGAUGGGGGAGCUGGGUGUCCUGGGCCCAACCAUUAAAGGCUAUGGCUGUGCUGGGACGAGUUAUGUGGCCUACGGUUUGAUCGCGAGGGAAGUGGAGAGGGUGGACAGCGGCUACCGCUCUGUCAUGAGUGUGCAGUCCUCCUUGGUCAUGCACCCUAUCUACGCGUACGGUACCGAAGAGCAGAAGGAGAAGUGGCUGCCCAGGCUGGCUCGUGGAGAGAUCCUGGGCUGUUUUGGGUUGACUGAGCCCAACCACGGCAGUGACCCCGGUGGCAUGGAGACCCGGGCUAAGUUCAACCCCUCCAGCCGCACCUUCACUCUCACUGGCUCCAAGACCUGGAUCACCAACUCCCCUGUGGCGGACAUCGCUGUGGUCUGGGCCAAGUGUGACGAUGGGAAGGUGCGUGGCUUCAUCCUGGAGCGCGGUAUGAAGGGCUUCACCACACCCAAGAUCGAGGGCAAGUUUUCCCUGAGGGCGUCUGCCACUGGCAUGAUCAUCAUGGACGAGGUGGAGGUUCCUGAGGAGAACCUGCUGCCCAAAGUCUCUGGCCUGGGGGGUCCCUUUGGUUGCCUGAACAAUGCCCGGUAUGGCAUCGCCUGGGGUUCACUAGGUGCUGCAGAGUUCUGCUUCCACGCAGCUCGUCAGUACACACUAGACAGAAUCCAGUUUGGAGUACCCCUGGCCAGAAACCAGCUGAUGCAGAAAAAGAUGGCCGACAUGUUGACAGAAAUCACCAUUGGCCUGCAGGCCUGUCUACAGCUGGGGAGACUCAUCGACGCCAAAAAGGCAGCCCCUGAGAUGAUCUCUAUGCUAAAGAGGAACAGCUGUGGGAAGUCCCUGGACAUCGCCCGGCAGGCCAGAGACAUGCUGGGAGGAAACGGCAUCUCUGACGAGUACCACAUCAUCCGCCAUGUUAUGAACCUGGAGGCCGUCAACACAUACGAAGGUACCCAUGACAUCCAUGCCCUGAUUCUGGGCAGAGCCAUCACUGGACUGCAGUCUUUCACUGUUAAUAACUAACUGCCUGCUGCUAGUGCUCAAACAGACCACUAUCAGAAACCUCAAGUCAAUAUGUUCCUUAAACAAAGGACAAGUAGUUCUACACUGCUUUGAUGGCUUGUCUUCUACAGUAACGCUAAUGUUUCCUUUCUCUUGAGUUUGUAGAAUAUGGGCUGGUUUUCUGGACAAAGAUUAAGCUUGGUCCUGGACUAAAAAGCAUGCUCAAUGGAGAAUUUAGAUUGAAAUAGCUUUUUAGAACAGGACUAGGCUUAGUCUAUGUCUGGGAAACCAGUCCUAAAUCUUUAUUUUAUGCGAAAGACCAGGUCGGGUUUUAAAGGCAAGUCUAUCAUCGAUCUCAUGGACAAUUCACGAGUGUAAUUAUUUCAAUUUGAAAAACAAAGCUAUUUUUCUACUCUGUCAUAAAACCCUAGUACUUACUGGUUAGUUUGGACAAUUUCUGACUACAAUGUUUUUGUAAUAGUUUCUAUACGGUGGAAGGUAAGAUGGUUCAGAAUGAAUCGCUUGUUUCCUCACAACAUUUGUAGUAAAUGGUUGUUGGACAAACAUUUUAAAAUGAGGUCAAGAUCCAUACGUAUGUCCUGAGUUUUUAGAACUGUGAUGGUACUAAUGACCAGUUAUUGGUAAUUGAAUGCAAAAUAAAUGAUACUGCAUUUACUGUUAGUUUUUUAAAAAUAAGUUAAAUCAAUUGAAGUUAAAUUAAAACAGUUUAAAUAAUCAUGCCAUUGCUUUUUUGUAAUUGAAUAGUUGUAUUUGUGACUUACCAUUUAGGUAGAUCAGAGAGAUUUGUAUUUUGGGGUACAGGACAAUGAAUGCUGUUUGCACUUUAUUAAGUUUGCUCCUCAGAACUCAACAGAUCUAAAUGUUAUGCAUGGUUUGAAUUGCAAUGUCAAAGGUUAAUUCAAGCUUUUCACAAAUAACUCUUAUUGCAGUACUUUAAUGGCCAUUGCAAUUUCCUUUUGCUGGUAAAGUAAUAGCGUUGUAGUAAUGCUCACUAUCUAAUGCUAAAUUAGUCUCUUGUUUAUAAAUGAAUUGUCAUCAACAGGUGGUCCAUUUAAUCCAGAGUGGUUGGGGGAUUUUUGGAUUACUCAUCCUUCAUUUCGUGGUAGUGUUUUGAAUGUUCCUAUUUUAAGUAACAUGGAGUGUUUUAUAAAGUGAAUCAAAAAAGAUGGGGGGGGGGGUUAUUCAUGAAAAGUGUAUUUUUUUAUCCCUUUGAUAUAGAAAUUGUGCACCACUAUUGAAUUUUAAAAGCCUGUUACAUUAAAUGAAGUGCCCUUUAAUAUAGAUCACAUGGAGUAUUCAAUAAAUCAGAUUUCUAUUAUGAAUAAAGACUCGCUAAAUUGCCUAAAUUCAGCACUUUGA